AUGGCCGCCAUGUUUAGCCAGAACCCGCUCAUGAACGGGCCCAACUACUCGUUCAGUGAUGCCCCAAGAUUCAGCGUGCCCGAGGGCGCCCGAGAGCAUCGCUUUGACCCAUAUGCUGACAACGGCGGUUCGACGCUUGCCAUUGCCGGCGCUGACUUCACUAUUAUGGCUGGCGACACCCGCCUGACUUCGGGCUAUAGUAUCAAUUCGAGGUACCACCCAAAGCUCUAUAAGAUUGGCGGAACUACAGCAGAUCAAAGCGACGCAACUAUCGUUCUCUCGGUAGUAGGCUUCGCUGCCGAUGGCGAGGCCCUCAAAGAGCGCUUGGAUGCUAUUUGCAAAAUGUAUCGCUAUCGCCACGGCAAGCCGAUGAGCGUUAAGGCCUGCGCCCAGCGCCUCUCUACCAUUUUAUACCAGAAACGCUUCUUCCCAUACUAUGCAUAUGCCAUCUUGGGCGGGCUGGACGAGGAGGGCAAGGGUGCUGUAUAUUCGUACGACCCUGUGGGGAGCUAUGAACGGGAGCAAUGCCGCGCUGCUGGGGCUGCUGCCAGCUUGAUAAUGCCCUUUUUGGACAAUCAAGUCAAUUUCAAGAAUCAGUAUGUUCCGGGUAGCGGCGAAGGGCACAAUUUACAAGAACGCCCUCGGCGCCCUUUGACGCGCAGCGAGGUCGAGGUCUUAGUCAAGGAUGCUUUUGAUGGGGCGGUGGAGCGGCACAUCGAAGUGGGAGAUGGGCUUCAAAUGAUGGUCAUCACUAAAGACGGCAUUGAGGAGAUCCUGCUGCCGCUCAAGAGGGAUUGA